AUGGCGAACCUGGGCGCUAUGCCAGCAGAUGAAGUGCUCCAGAUGUCCCUGGCCAUCCCAACAGUGAACAAUGCUGAGGCUGCAAUAACCUCCCUAGACUCCGGCCAGCUCCCGAGACGUACCGAUAAUGAAAUUAAGAAUUAUUGGAAUACAAUUCUUAGGAAGAAGGUGCAACGAGGCAGCAGCUUGGCUCAAACAGUGCAUCAUGAACUAGAGUUGGCUCAAACCAAGGCAACAACGUGCAGCAGCAGCAUACUGAUUGAUCUGAAGGUUGAUGGAGAGAUCCAAUCGAAGGACAAUGCAGUAGGAGAUCAGAAUUGCAGCGGCGGUGCAUCGAUGCCAUCUUCAAACGAUCCCUUCUUGUUCAAUGAAGACAUGGCGGAUGGAUGGAUGAGGGGGGAAGAGAUCCAACUAGCCUUCACUUGGGAGUUUGGUUCCAAGUGA